AUGUUACUUAGACAAUGUUUUGGUAUAAACGAUUCUAAUAAUGAUCACGAAGAUGGGAAUACAUUGAAUUGCAAUAUUUAUCAUCUUGCUCGACGACUCAAAACAUUGAAACCGAUUAUAUCAAAAUUUGAGUUUUUACCAAAUGAAUUAAUAUUAAACUUAUUUGAAUAUUUAUAUUGUGAUGAUAUCAUCUAUGCAUUUAAUAAUCUUAAUUAUCGUUUUCAAUUAUUAUUACAUUCAUAUGAAUAUUAUCAUUUAAAUUUUGAUCAAAUAAUAAUGAAAUCAAAAUUUAAUCUUAUUGAGAAUUUACCACUUAACAUUCAACAUGUUAAAUCAUUAACAUUAUCGAAUAAUGUUUAUUCAUGUACAAAUAUUGAACAAUGUCUAUUAAAAUAUCCUAUUGAAUUAUUUUAUAUUAGACUUCAAUCAUUGUCAUUUUUUCCGAAGGAUGAUGAUCAAUUACUAUAUCUUAUUUUAUUAUUACCAAAUUUUCAACAAUUAAAAUAUUUAUUAAUAUCUCAAAAAUUGUGUACAAAUCCUGGUGAUAAUAUAAUAAAACAAAUUCGUGAUAUAAUAUUAUUUGAAAUAAAAACAUUAAAAUAUUUUACUUGGGAUAAUGAAAGUUCAUUUUUUACAAGAAUGAAUGAAGCAAUGCCAAUAGAAGAAUCAACGAUCGAAUAUUAUGAAUUUCAUCGGAUGAAUAUUGAUGAAUUUGAAUGGCUAAAUUUUCACACAAUCAAUAUGAAAUCAAUUCAUAUUUAUGCCGCUUUCUUUUAUAGUUAUUCAUAUCAACAACAACAAGCAUUUGAAACAUUGACCUGUAUGAAAAUUGACGAGUUUCGUGAACCAAUGAACUUUCAAAAUCUAUUUAAAUUUUUGUCAUUCUUAAUACGAUUGAAACAAUUAGAAAUUAAAGGUCUUUAUUGUGAGGAAAAUAUGUAUACUGAUGGUAAUAGAUGGGAAAAUUUUAUUCAAGAAUAUUUACCUCAAUUAAAAAUUUUUAAAUUUUUCUUCACUCGAUGGGAUCGUCACAUAAAUAUUGAGGUAGUAAUCGCAUCAUUUAUGACAAAUUUUUGGUUAAUAGAAAAAAAAUGGUUUGUUACAUGUGAUCAUAAGGUGAACGAAGGUAUCUUAUAA